GUGUGAAGAAGAGUAAACAUGGACGCGGUGUGUUGACAUGUGAUCGUGGAGGGUAUUUGGGUAUUUGACAUCCAGAUUGCUCCGUGGGGUUAUUUUCCUGAUCCCCGGUGAAGCGGCACAUCAGAGGCGGACUGGAGCGCACGGUCCCGGGGCGCUCAGCCUGUGUGACCCCGCCCCCUCACUAAGAGAGCUCCACCUCCACGGCCCCUGAGACUCAUCCAGUCCUGCCUCGUUCUCCUGGUCCUCCUUCGUCCUCCUGGUCCUCCGUCGUUCUCCUGGUCCUCCUUCGUUCUCCUGGUCCUCCUUCGUCCUCCUGGUCCUCCUUCGUCCUCCUGGUCCUCCUUCGUUCUCCUGGUUGUCCUGGUUGUCUGGAGCCAUGGCGUGGCUCACUGCCCGUCUGCUCUUCUACCCCACACUGGCUUAUAAUCUUCUGAUGGAGAGGUGGAGCAGUCGGCGCUGGUUCGACAGAGUGGACCCAAACCUCAUCCUGGGAGCUCUGCCCUUCAAGUCCAUGACCAAACAGCUGGUGGAGGAGGAGCACGUGGGCGGAGUCAUCACCAUGAACGAGGAGUAUGAGACCCAGCUACUGUGUAACUCGACUCAGGAGUGGCAAGAGGCGGGGGUGGAGCAGCUGCGCCUCAGCACAGUGGACCUGCUGGGAGUACCCUCUCUGGAGCAUCUCCAUCGGGGGGUGGAGUUUGCUGUGAGGCACCGGGACCAGGGCAACACGGUGUACGUGCACUGUAAAGCUGGGCGCUGCCGCAGUGCGACGAUGGCAGCCGCCUACCUCAUACGGGUGUACUGCGUGACCCCAGAUGAGGCUUGUGAGCGUCUCCGGGCCCUGCGUCCACACGUCAUCCUCCGGUCCAACCAGCUCAGCCUGCUGCAGGACUUCUACCGGCAAGUCUGUGCACAAGGGCAAGAAGAGCAAGGACCAGGGCCACACAUGUGACACGGGCGUGCACACGAGAGGGCCGUGCACACGAGGGGGCCGUGCACACGAGGGGGCCGUGCACACGAGGGGGCCGUGCACCAGAGAAGGGAUUGAACAAAAGAGCGGUGUGCACUAAAAAGGAGGGCACACGAACAACUGAGCCUCUUUUCGAAGGGCAUAGUUUGCUUGGGGUGCUUGGUGCAGGUCAGUUUGGUGUGGCUUCCUCAAACCAAGUAGUGUCUCCAUGCUCUGGGCACGGCUCCGGUUUAUCAUCAGAGUUUCUGCACUGAUUUCACUUUCACUCUGCUCCUCUGUGUCGUGCUUUAGCAUCUCUUUAUGCUGUGCACUGGGUUUGAUUCGAUGCAUUAUACACUAGAAAUAUAAUACUAUUUGAUCUUAAUGUGAGUGGUUGGUUAACAGGAAAUGGCUGUCGCUAACGUGCUAGCUUUGUUUUGCUAACAUGUCGGCUCUACAUAUAAAUCAUAUCACUGGAAAUGCAACAGUUAAUCAUAAGAUCAAGUCAGCAUUUGGUGAGAUAGUAUGAUUUUCUUGUCCAAUCAUCUUUUUCCCUUGUGCAGCAAAAGUUAUCCUGGACCCAGACCGUGCUAGUACCCUCCAGAGUUGCUUUGGAUCCUUGAAAUUGGGCAGUACAAUUCACUUUAGACAGUGGAGAUACUUGCGAGCCGUACCGAUCUGCUCCAAAGCAAACCAAUGGAAACGAGGCUGUGCGGAUGUGAUGAUUCACUCGUGUCAGACUUCUCAUUACUCCUGUGCCAAAGAAUGUUCAUGUACCUCUUUGAAUAAAAUGCCUUUAUUGGUGUUUUUUAAUGUGAUUUUAUCAUACUGCCAGUUUUAUUAUUGAUUACAUUAUGCUGUACCUUCCUGUGAAAUGUCCAAAAGGUAAAUGAUGAACCUGAUCCUUUCUAUUCUUUACAGAACUGUAUAUAACAACAAAAAUCUUCAUUGUAGCUGAUAAAAGUACAGUAUGUAGCUUUCUGAAGCUGACGUCACCUGCAUGAUUCCAUGAAAGUGUAACAUUAAAGCCAUACUUUGGAACAUUCUCCACAGAGAUGGAUACAUUUUAUGUUAUACUGUGGAAUGUUAUAACCAAAGGAACAUUUCCAAGGAAAUAGGCAGGAGGAGGCCCAGACCAAAUAUGAGUCAGGUUUGUGGAGCUGCAAGCCCGCUCAGAGUAAGAGCACAUGUUUUUUCUGUGUUUUUCAGUGUAAUAAAUGCAAACCAAAAUGACAAAACAAAACAAAACAUGCUUUUAUUUUGGUCUAUUUUUGGGCUAAAAUGUUACAUACUACAGUGACUUUAAAUAUGAUUAAUCUACAUAAUGUUUUGAUAUUUUUCAAAACCCAGCAAUUCAGAGCUCACCCUUUGGUCUGGACUUGAUCAGGAAAACACUAAAUUCAUUAUCUCAGUGCUUCAAUUAUGUCUCUAAUUCCACACCUUUUAUCAAGUUAAAUAGAAUAAAAUUUACUUCUGUCACAAAUAAAAGGUGCAACUUGAGUCUGUCUGC